AUGUUCGACUGCAGCGACGCAGAGGUCUCGUCCCCUCUGCCGGGCCCCAGCAAGACAUUUAGCAUCGAGUUCGCCAUGCCGGUCGAGGGAGAUCCCCGAGACAACUUCAAGAUGCUGAGGGAGAAGCACGAGCAUUAUCUCGAUACCCUCGUGCCGUCCACCCCGGGGCCCGGCGACGACCCGGCGAUGUCAUCUCCCUCUGCCAGGGGCGCGUUUAGUUUCAACAACCUCUCCAUCCCGACCCCUUCGUCGACGACAACUACGAGCUCCGUCCGCUCGCGGCCCAUGACCUCCCUCGGCAUCAAGCCGCAGUUCAACCUCGACUCGGCCAAGAAGCUGCUCGAUUCGUUCCGGCACAUGUUGCCGUCCUGUCCGUGCAUCGUGCUACCGGCAGAGGCCGACGUGCGGUCCAUGGCUCGCAACUCGCCGUUCGUAUUAUUGGCCAUCCUCGCCGUAACCAGUUGCUCUUCGAGCCUCCAGGGUCACAGCCUCUACGACGAAGAGUUCCGCAAGAUACUGGGCUUGAAAUUUGUUUCCGGCAGUGAAAGGUCUCUCGAGCUGCUGCAGGGGCUGCUAAUCUACUGCUGCUGGUACCCGUUCCACCUGCGCCCGAAGAGCAGGCAGAUGGUGCAAUAUUUACGCAUGGCCGUGGAUCUAGUGCAUGAUCUAGAACUAGACGAAGAGACAAGCUUAGAUCUCGUCUCACACUCACCCAAGGAGAGGGAAGCGAAGAUUCAGGGAAUCCGAGCACACUCGUGGGUGUGGUCAAAGCCGUACGGCCUAAAGUACACGGUGUGGAUGUCCGACUGCUGCGAUGCUUUGGAGCAGCAGAGCGAUCUCGAGCAGGACCAUGUCCUCGCCUGGCUCAUCCGGAUGCAGUACAUCCUGAACGAAAUCGAGGAGUCGCAGAGGAAUAGAAGGCCUGAUGCCGAUGAGCAAUCCAUCCAUCAUCGCCAGCUUAUUCGCCUCGGCCUCGAGUCGCGUCUACGGGAUUUCCAAACCAGGAUUCCCGGCCACCUCUCAAACACACCGAGCAUAGUGAUCGUUUCCCUGACGGCGGACGCGUACCUACUCGCGGCACCGCUGAUGCGGACGCCGAGUUCGCAAACGCCGGAGGAGAUGGCAACGGCGGCUGUCGGCCAUGUCGCGGCAGCGCAACUACAGAGGGCAGCUCACACAACGCGGGCGCUGCUCAACUUUAUGGCGUCGCUUCCGCCGGCGCAGAUAGGCUACUUCUGCGGGGCCGACAUGACACGCUUUAUCAUCGGCAUCAUCCUCGGCUUCCGGCUGUCGUUCCCGGUACCGGCGUGCCCGACCUACGACCACGCGCACGGGCGCCACGUGCUCGACUUCGGGAAGUACCUUUCCAUCUUGACCACCAGCGACGACUACGAUUCCGACGGUUACGGCAAUGGCACCAGCGGCGAGGACGGUGGCGCCGGGGAGGAGGGCGGCGGCACGGCGGCAGGGAACGAUCCCGCGGCCGAGGAGGCGGCCGGAGGGGGAGGGGACGGCAAGGAGACGGGGAGGAAGAAAUUCGACGCGGUAACGGCGCUUAAGGUCGUGCUUAAGUCGGUCAGGAGCAAGUUCGAGGAGAAGAGCGCUCGGCUCGCGGCCGCGACCGCGGUCGAGGAGAGCACGCGAAGGGCGCGCAUGUGUCCCAUGUUCGACGGCAGCAUGGACCAGUACAUUCCCCUGUGGGCGGGGCAGCAGGGGGUCGACAACGACGGCGGCGCCAGCGGCAGCAUGAUUGGCACCUCGUCGCUCUCGUCGUCGUACGCGACGUCGCAGCGCAGCGCGGCGAGCGCGGUUCCGAGCGGCGUGGCAGCGGCGGACGUGGCCGCGUCCUCCGGCAGGGGAGGAGCAGCAGCAGGAAUGGGAGGGGCAGGGGGCGUGCCCCCUCCCUUGCAAUUCCACGAUAUGUGGACCACGAUGACGAUGGGUUGGGCGAUGGACAUGUCUCAGGGCCUCGACGCGGGCGCGGAUGUGGCGGAUAUCGAGAACGUGGAAGGAUUUGGGUACUUGGGCCUGGACGGGGUGUGA